AAACAUCGAUGAGAGAGAAACACCGAUCAGCUGCCUCCUGCACGCCCCCUACUGGGGAUGUGCCCACAACCCAGGUACAUGCCCUUGACCGGAAUCGAACCUGGGACCCUUCAGUCCGCAGGCCGACGCUCUAUCCACUGAGCCACACCGGUUAGGCAUCAAGUGCAUCUUUCUCCAGGAUGCGUUGUAAGCCUCCAGCCUCCCUUCGAGCGCCUGCAGUCACCGGGAGCUUCAUUCACACCGUCCAGCGCCUGCAAUUUCCCGUCGCGUCGCGCAGCUCGAACAAAAACAAAGGUGCUUGCCUGCAGAGAGCCGGGAGUGUUCCCACCUGCAGUGCCUACUCACUCGUGUCAGAGCUUUCAGGGGAUUCAGUAACAAAAGUAAAAUACAUCUUGAUGUGAUGGGUGCCAGUAGCCACUUUUUAAAGAAUUGGAGUUGAAAACACUUGCUUGGAGAAUCAAAAUGUUCCAUGUAUUCACUGUACGUUACGUUACUACACAUCAUUAAACCUACAAGGGCAUCAACAUAGUCAGCCGUCGAAACAGUACAGAAGUUAGAAUUAAGUCACUUCUCUACUUCAAGAUGUUAAAGUGGAGCGCCAGAUUUCCUGCAGCAAAAGAGCCUCUUUCGGUGCCGUGGAGUGGUUGAUUCAGUGAGAGACUUGGAGCCUUAGUAAAUAAUACCUAAUUAUUACAGGUGCCACAGGAAACAGUGUUGCCAUAAACACAGUGUACAACUUGUCAAUAGAUUUUAAUUCCAGAAGUCCAUUUAUAGGAUAUUGAAUAAUAUAAUACUUUUAAGAAAAAAUGGAUGAAGAACCUGAAAGAACUAAGCGAUGGGAAGGAGGCUAUGAAAGAACAUGGGAGAUUCUUAAAGAAGAUGAGUCAGGAUCACUGAAAGCUACAAUAGAAGACAUUCUCUUCAAAGCAAAGAGAAAAAGAGUAUUUGAGCACCAUGGACAAGUUCGACUUGGAAUGAUGCGCCAUCUUUAUGUGGUAGUAGAUGGGUCAAGAACAAUGGAAGACCAAGAUUUAAAGCCGAAUAGACUGACAUGUACUUUAAAGUUGUUGGAAUACUUCGUAGAGGAAUAUUUUGAUCAAAAUCCUAUUAGUCAGAUUGGAAUUAUUGUGACAAAGAGUAAAAGAGCGGAAAAACUGACAGAACUCUCAGGAAACCCUAGAAAACACAUAACAUCUUUGAAGAAAGCUGUAGAUAUGACCUGCCAUGGGGAGCCAUCUCUUUAUAACUCCUUAAACAUGGCUAUGCAAACUCUAAAACACAUGCCUGGGCAUACAAGUAGAGAAGUCCUAAUCAUCUUUAGCAGCCUCACAACUUGUGAUCCAUCUAAUAUCUAUGAUCUAAUCAAGACCCUAAAGACAGCUAAAAUUAGAGUGUCUGUUAUUGGAUUGUCUGCAGAAGUUCGGGUUUGCACUGUACUUGCUCGUGAAACUGGUGGCACAUACCAUGUUAUUUUAGAUGAAAGCCAUUACAAAGAAUUGCUAACACAUCAUGUUAGUCCUCCUCCUGCUAGCUCAAGUUCUGAGUGCUCACUGAUUCGUAUGGGAUUUCCUCAGCAUACCGUUGCUUCUCUGUCUGAUCAAGAUGCAAAGCCCUCUUUCAGCAUGGCGCAUUUGGAUAGCACUACUGAGCCAGGACUUACAUUAGGAGGCUAUUUCUGCCCACAAUGUCGGGCAAAGUAUUGUGAGCUUCCUGUUGAAUGUAAAAUCUGUGGUCUUACUUUGGUGUCUGCUCCCCAUUUGGCACGGUCUUACCAUCAUUUAUUUCCUUUGGAUGCUUUUCAAGAAGUUCCCCUAGAAGAACAUAAUGGCGAAAGAUUUUGUUAUGGAUGUCAAGGGGAAUUGAAAGACCAACAUGUCUAUCAUUGCACUGUGUGCCAAAAUGUUUUCUGUGUGGACUGUGAUGUUUUUGUUCAUGACUCUCUCCACUGUUGUCCUGGCUGUAUUCAUACUAUUCCAACUCCUUCAGGUAUUUGAUUCCAGCAUAUAGUACACAUUAAAAAGAAACUUACAACUGUAAAUAAAAUGAUUCUUUAGAAGAAGCUCCAAUUAAAACAUGAAAAGCAGUUCAAAAGGAAGAUCUGACUUAAGAAACUUUUUUGCUAAGAAAAUGUAAUAUUUUAUUAUAUUUUAAAAUUUGUGUCCUGCUACAGCAAUCCUUAGAAUUCAAUAAUAGUUCUUUUAGUUAAUUUUGUUUUCUAUUAUUUUUGAGUCAUAAUGUUUUCUUUUUUUAAAAAUAAUUAUUUAUUGUUGAAAGUAUUACAUAUGUCACCUUUCCCCCAUUGAGUUACAUUAUUAUAUUUAUAAUUUUCAGUGAUUUAGUUUUAUUGAUUAUUAGUAUAAAAAGAAAUUAAGUAUAAGUGUUAAUUCAAUGUAGGAUAAAAAUUAAUUAAUGGUUAUGAAAUUAAUGCCUACUGAUAUAUUUGGGUUUAAAUCUCUUAUCUCACUUUAUGUGAUACUAUUCCAUCUUUAUUUUUCUCUUCUUUCUUGCCUUUUUUGGAUUGAUUCUUUUAUACUAUUCUAGGUUUUUCUUCAACUAGCUUGGAAAUUACAUACUUUAUUUUUUUAGUGAUUACCCUAGAAAUUACAAUUCGCAUAAUUUAUUAACUUGGGUCCUCUGGGUGUGGUUGGGUGGGAAGAGAUUAACCAAAGAACUUAUAUGCAUAUAUGCAUAAACCAUGGACACAGACAAUAGUGUAGUGAAGGCCUGGGGUGGGGCGUAGAUGUGGGCUAGAAGAGGUCAAUGGGGAAAAAACGGGACAUCUGUAAUACUUUCAACAAUAAAGAUAAAUUUUUUUUUUAAGUAGAACCUGAGGCAAAGAUGAAAGUAUUGUUCCUUUAUUUGGGAGGUUCUGGAAAGUGAGGGUAGGGCAGAAAAAGGAAUGAGGUUGAGGUCAUGUCGAUUUCCAGUCAAAGGCACCUACCUCUGCUUGUACGUGCAGGAGGCAACCAGUUGAUGUGUCCUUCUUGUAUCAAUGUUCUCUCUCUAUCUCCCUCUUCCUCUCCCUCCCUCCAUUCCACUCUCUCUAAAAAUCAAUGAAAAAAUAUCCUUGGGUGAGGAUAAAUAAAAUUGAUUGUGAUGA